AUGCCUUUACUCUCAACAGCGCAGAAUAAUGGGCAAUGCGUUCCUCUCAAAGGCUCCAAGCUUUGCCCUGCUUUUGAUGGCGCUUCUGUAUCUACGAGCAAAUUUCUGCUCGACACCUACUCUUUUCUGCAAUAUGUGUCUGACGUAGACUCUUUUGACAAGCAAUUAGAGAUUUACGUUAACACGGACUAUGUUCGAUCUCGAUAUGAGGGUCGAUUUGGAUGCGGUGGCGUGGAUCUCCGUAAUUCGAGCAACAUGUACGCCCGCUGGACCACAACGGUCGUUUGCAGUGCCAUGGUUCAGAUGUCUAUCGAACCCUGCCGUCUGGACGCCAGUGUCUCGAGGCCAUUGUGCGCCGACUCGUGCGCCGAUUUUGCGCAAAGCGAAGGCUUCAUUACCUCCAACAGCAACCUUUGCAGCAACCCCAGGCAAGAUGUCAAUGACCUGAUUCGAGCCGACUACACCGUCUGUGGCUUGCCAGUGAAAGCUCUCGCCGGCGACUGCGUACCCGCCUCCAAGAACGAGGUCGAGAAUUGCGGUUUCGGAUCCAGCACGCUUGGCCUCUGUGGAUAUUGCGGCGCUGGAGGCAUCAACUCUACAGACACUUGCUGCUACAAUUCUAAAGCCGAAUCACGUUGUGAAGGUGUCAAGCUUCCGCCAAUCACGGCUACAGUCACUCUCACCUCUUCGACUCCGACAUCUACAGAUUCAAGCCCAACCUCAACUUCUCCUGGCGACAACGGCAACGGCGCAUCCAAAUCGAGCAACCGCCUCAGUGGAGGAGCCAUUGCAGGUAUCGUCAUUGGAUCUCUUGCCGGUAUUGCUGUUUUGGCGCUGCUACUAUUCUUUUGCGUGCGACUGUUCCGAAGACGCAGAGCUAAUAGCAGCCAAGCGGGUAGCAUCUUUAACCAGCCUUCCCCGGCUAGAAAAAGUAUACCUGCUAUGGUCCAGCAAAGCCAAGGCGCCCCUCAAGGAUAUGAAGUCCUCCCCGGUGGCCGCAUCGCGCGCAUGUCGGCCCUGGAAGGUCAUUCUGGCGGUUCUCCAUCACAGCACAACAAGAGUCUUUCGACGACUGGAGGUGGGCACCUGUCAGAUAGCAGAAAGGCCACAGACCAGUCCUCAUCGGACGAAUACGUUGACAGCCCCGACUUUGAACACCGAGACGCUGGCUUGCGACCACCACCCAUGACUACUAGAAGACAUGGAUCGCUAUCAAGCGGCUCUGUUCUGGGCAGCGACGGUCAGAUGUCGUCACCCCUUAGCGCGGGGCACUCUUCGCCGCAGGGCUUCGGCAGCCAACAGUCCGAGCAACUGCCAUUCUUCAAGGACUAUUAUUCACAAGACGACAUUCACCCCGGCGACAAGGUUGCCGUCUUGUGGGCUUACUCUCCCCGCGCCGGCGACGAGUUUGCUCUGGAGAGGGGCGACAUGAUCAAGGUCGUCGGCAUCUGGGAUGACGGCUGGGCCACUGGUCACAUGCAAGAGCAGCGCGCUGAGGGAUGGGAGGCCGCCCGAUCUGCACAAAGAGACAGCGGCGUCUCCAACUCUUCGAUACGGGAUGAAAGCCAAAGCCCACCUGCGCCGUCAGCCGGCGAGUUGAAGGCCUUUCCUCUUGUCUGCGUCUGCCUGCCACAGCAUUGGCGCAAGACGAUUGACGGGGACGGCUCGACCGACUCUGGGUCUCUUGGAUCUCCUGCUGGCCAGACAAGGUAA